AUGUCUCCAGACGUGACCAACAUCGCGAAGCUCUCCGAUGGCGGGUCAUCCGAGCAUCAAGUCCAACAUAGGGUUGACCUUUUCAACAAAUGGAAUAUUCUUCCAGGCUCCAAGGUCCUCGAAAUUGGCUGUGGACAAGGGGAUUUUACCUUGGUGGCAGCCUACAUGGUGGGAGAUCAGGGGCACGUCACAGCGAUUGACCCAGCACCGUUAGACUACGGCGCACCAAUGACUCUGGGAGAAGCACAGGAGAAACUAAAGCAGACUUCCAUCGGCGACCGAAUGACUUUCUACGAGUCAAACCUUCAACAAUUUCUCGAUUCCAGCGCUUCAGAGCAAGUCUACGACUAUGCCAUGUUUGUGCAUUCAGUUUGGUACCUGCCAUCCGCCGACGUGUUGCAGCAAAUGCUCGCAGCUCUCCGCGGAAGAGCAAAGCACCUUCUCAUUGCGGAGUACUCCCUUGAUAUCCGCGGCAAUAUUGCUGCUCUACCGCAUCUGCUAGCGGCGAUCUCGCAAGCCGAGUUCAACUCUAGAGGAAAUACAUUGAACCUGGAUGAUAAUAUUCAGUCCAUUAUAUCCCAGCAAAUGAUUUGUGCGCUAGCGCAAAAGGAAGGCUGGGUGUUGCAGAAAGAAGACAUUGUUGAGUCCCCUGAAGGACAAGAGGAUGCGAGAUGGGAGGUUCAUCGAGUUUUAUCGGAAGGAUACAGUCUCAGAUCAGAGUCAUCUGGUGAUUCUGGUCGCCAAGACUUUGCGAAGGCAUUAAUCGAUGCUGUUUCGCAAAGCACGCGGGUAAUUGGGCCGAAUCCAAAACUCAGGACAUUGUCAACGUGGCUGGGCUCUUGGGUGUGA